AUGGCCACCAGCCCAACGCCAAGACUGCCGCAGAUGAAGGCGGCGCCGAACGCGUUAGGCCUUUAUCUCGUCGCACCACCCACCAUGCACGACGACGGAGGAUGGAGCCACGACGCGGACUCGCACGAUCACUCGCACGCCCAUGAUAGCGCGCACGGCGCGCACCACGGCGACCAUGGCUCGUGGUGGGGCGGGUGGGGACACGGGCACGACCACCACGACCACCACCACGGCCACCACCACGGCGACGGGCACGACCACUGUGCCUACGGGCACCGCAGCCAGCGCAACGGCCACUGCGACCACUACAACGGCGACUACUACUUCCCCGUUCCUGCGCGGACGGGCCCUUCAGCGCCGCCUCCGUCCGCGCCCCCACGCCGCACGCCAUACCACAAGAAGAAGAAACGCCGCGCGCACCCCUCGCACCGGGUGGCGGCGUACGGCGCGACGGCGCCCCACGACGACAUGGGCGGCGAGUGCAGCUGCGCGUCGUGCCGCCCCAGCGACGCAUGCGGCGAGUGGAGCGAGUGGCGCGGGCCCCUCGGCGCCAUGCUCGCUGUGGUGUUCGCGCUGUGGUUCGUCCUCUUCGUCCUGCUCGGCGGCAUUGCGCAGGGCCACAGCCGCCAGUAUCCGCCGCCAGCGCCGCCAGCCUAUUCGACGACGGUGAGGCUGUAG